CAAAAUGUGACAAAAGAGGAAGGGUUUAAGUGUGGUUUUUCAGAAAAUAUUAGGGUUAUUGUUCAUCUCAUAUUUGCUCCAUAAAGCUCAUAGUAAUCAUAGGCGUCAAAAGGAAUCGCAGGUAUUUGAUUUUACAUACGACGCAUUUUGGCACAACACAGCUGCUUGGUAUCGACAGAAGAACGCGAUUUUAUCUACUCCAGUGUCAUCUCCAGCCGCGAGCUAAACCAUCGUCACUGCCAUGUUUUCUACAUUCUAAUGGCGGCUAUAACCGUUAGACGUAAUGUGUUUCUGUUGCCUAUUAAACCACUUUUCUCGUUACAGGGGUUGUUCCAUAAAUUCGUCGAACUUGAUGAUUCUAAACCUCGACUACUUAGCGAAGAUGAUUAUUUGAUCUUCAAACCAGGUGAAAUCAACGUUUCAAAAUGGAAAAAGUUGGAUUCAAGGUCCUUGGGGAUAAAUCGAACAAUACCCCCAUCCCCUUUUGCUGUCCUGCAGAUUCUUCGUACCAGAGGGUUUGAAGCCUACUUAGUUGGAGGAUGUGUGAGAGAUUUGCUUCUAAACAGGACACCAAAAGAUUUCGAUGUCAUCACUACUGCUCAUCUGGAACAGAUUAGUAAGCAGUUUCAUAAUUGUGAAGUUGUGGGGAAACGGUUUCCUGUAUGUAGGGUGUAUAUAAAAGGCUCCAUUGUUGAGGUUUCUAGUUUUGAUACUUUGGCCAAGGAGACAGAAGGAAAAGAAAAGUUUCUCAUCUCCCAAAUGCCUAGAGGCUGUGAUAAACUGGAUCUUCUUCGUUGGAAGAACUCAAUGCAUCGAGACUUUACCAUUAACAGCUUGUUCUUUGACCCUUUUAUUCACACAAUCUAUGAUUACAAUGAUGGAAUGAAGGAUCUAUUGGAACUAAAGCUACGGACAUUAGUACCUGCCCAACUGUCAUUCACAGAGGACUCUGCAAGAAUACUUCGAGGUGUAAGAAUUGCUGCUCGUUUGGGAUUAUCAUUGUCAAAGGAAAUCAAAAGUGCAAUUUUUAAACAAACAUCAUCAAUUACAAGAUUAGGACAGUCCAGGACAAUGAUGGAGAUAAAUUAUAUGCUAUCAUUUGGAGCUGCUGAAUCUUCAUUCUCCUUGCUUCAUAAAUACCAUCUUCUUGAGAUUUUACUACCAUUUCAGGCAGCAUACAUUUCUCAACAAGCAACUAGGUUUGACCAAAGUUCCAUGAUGUUAAUGAAACUGUUGUCUCAUUUGGAUAAGUUGGUUUCUUGUGAUCGGCCUUCUGGAAGUCCCUUAUGGAUUGGAAUUUUAGCGUUCCACCUGGCACUAGUAAACAACCCCCAACACCCUUUUGUUAUCUUGACUUUUGCAUCUGUUCUCUAUCACCAAAGUUGGAAAGAUGGUCUUAAGUUUGCAAGGAAAUAUGGUCAACCACCGGUCAACUUUGAUCCAGAAUCUUUAGACACAUAUGAUGAGUUCAUUUCUGAUGAUGAAAUUGCCAAAAAAGUAAACCAAUUAGCAAUUAUGGUUGUAGAUUCUGUUGAUGUUUUGAUGGAAACAAAUUGCCUAAACCAUGCAAUGGAAAAUUUCCCUGGUUCUCCUUCUCCUUCUCCAUGCUCUGGUUUUGUAUUUAUAUCCAAGAACAUGGGUUAUAGUGCUCAACAACUUUUUCAUGUUCUUUCCCAUAAAGUGGAAGCCUACAAUGAGGGAAGAACUUCUUUUGAGAUAAACUUUGAUCUUCUUAAAAAAGGGUAUUCCCUAGAGACCAGGUUUGCUCUUGGGAAGAUCAUUUUGAAUACAUUGGGGUGUGGAAUUGGUCAAACUGAGGUCAACUCUUCUAGUCUGGAAAAUGAACGUUUUGUGAACAAAAAACAUGAUAUAAAACAACCACCACUAUCAUUUAAUUUUAAUUUACAACAAGAAAUUGUCACCAAAAGUCCAAAAAUGAUUACAAAACUUAGUAGUAUUAUGCAAGAUAAAUCCAAAGGGGUAUUUUCAAAGCAUAAGGAAGUAGUUGACAUUUCUUCUGAUCCAAAGAACAAGGAUUUAAUGACAAAUAAGAAAGAAAUUGGAACUGAUAAGUCAUCCAUGGGAGAACAGGAACUUAUUUGCAUGGUGGAAAGUUCAAUUGAUAAUGAUAAGUUAGAAUCUCAAAAUCAUGAAGAGAGAAAUAGAAAAGUCAAAGUAAACCAGUCAAACCAAAAUGGAACAACAAUGUUAGUGGAAAGAAGAGUAGAGAAUGAUGAAACUGGAAUUAGUUCACUUUUAAGGUCUGUUCAAACUAAUUUCAACAUGGCAGUUAAAGAAGCAAGAGAUUCAAUUCCUGAAAUGAGAAAACUAAAUCGGUUUCUUGAGAGUUUUGUGGAUGAACAAGUGGAAAGAAAGAAGGAAAAGAUUGAGAGUUUUCAAGAAAAAAGUAUACAGUUAGAAUCUGCAGCAUCUAGUUUAGUAAACAAAAAUAAGGAAUUAGAAUCAUGUAGUUUUGUAGCAUCUUCUAGUGUUACACCCGAAAUACAUGUGCAACACCUUGACCUUGAUGAAAAAGUCAACAAAACUAGUCAACAUAAGAAAGUCAUGAUGAAGGUGAAGGGAGAAAAAAAGAAGCAAAGGGUUUGUUCUUAUUGUAAGGAAGUAGGCCACAACAAAACCGGAUGUCCUAAAAGAAAGGCUGACACAGAUUCAAGAUGAAGUAAAUGGAUUAUUCAAGUUUGCUCAAAUCUUUCCACUUGUUGAUUGAUGUCUAUAAGCUAAAUAUUUUAUAAUGGAAAUUUCCGAGAGUUAUUUUCCUUCAAGUUUUGAGACACAAUUUGUUAGAGUGUUCAACUUUUUAGACAACAAUAUAGAAGAGUAUAUUUACAUGUACAAGAAUUUUGGAUAAAAAUCAUAAUUUCCAAUUUUGGCCAA